GGGCCGCGCGGCGGCGGGAGCGCGCGCGGCAGCAGCUGGGAGCCCGCCGGGGGCACCGUCAGGCACGGCCGCGCCGCGCCGGCCAUGGAGCCCUUCCCCAAGGAGGGCGAGAGCGCGGCGGCCGCGGAGCCCAGCCGGGGCGCUGCCCCCUCCAGCGGGGUGGUGGUGCAGGUCCGGGAGAAGAAGGGCCCCCUGCGUGCCGCCAUCCCCUACAUGCCGUUCCCCGUGGCUGUCAUCUGCCUCUUCCUCAACACCUUCGUGCCGGGGCUGGGAACAUUUGUAUCUGCUUUCACCGUGCUGUGCGGAGCCCGGACCGACCUCCCCGACAGGCACAUGUGUUGUGUCUUCUGGCUGAACAUUGCUGCUGCUCUGAUUCAGAUCCUGACGGCGAUCGUGAUGGUUGGCUGGAUUAUGAGUAUAUUUUGGGGGAUGGACAUGGUCAUUCUUGCAAGCUACAAGGAACAGGGGAUCCCACAGCAGCUGUAGUGGCUGGGACAAGUGUGGUCAGAGAAACACGGCGAGAGAUUUCCUUUGGCAGCUGCAGGCUGUGGACAUUUUCAUUACCCUUUGUCUCUCUUCUUCUUCCUUUUGUUUUGUUUCCUUCUGUUUGAACCUGGUUCACCUGCCCAUCCAGCGGAGCGGAGGUGCAGAGCGACCGACGGAGACUUGCACUGAUCAGCGGAGAUGGGGCAAGCACGGCGUGGCUUAGGACUGGUCCCGGCCAGCAUGCGGUGGGCAGCUGAUGAUGACGAGGAGGGUGCCAGGAGAAGGAAACACCCUUGGCGAAGGUGGCACCUGGGCAGGCAGCUGAGCCGGGGGAGCGGGAGACGCUGCUUUCUCUCUCCUCCCAGAGGAAAGUAGCUGAAGACAUUUCGCUUCCUUUUUACGCUCACCAUUAAAGGAAACUGGCUGUGAACGACAAAUGCCAAGGAGCUAUUAAUAGAUACAUGUACAGUAUGUAAAAGCAAACCAGUGGUACUUUUUCCCCACCCUGAGAGUCCAUCCUUGACUGCUUUGUGGUAGUGGAGGGCUCAGCCCAGCCUCCUCUGCUGUCUCUGUAUAUACGAUGCUCAAUGAAGCUCUGUCCUUGCAGAUGUCUCGAGAAA